CAUCGCAUCCGCGUCUCCUCCGCCGGCUUGGAAGCGCCGGCGGCGUGUAAACAUCGACGGGAUACGCGACGCGUCGUCAACAUGUGGACCACGAUGCUUGUGUGGACGGCCGCCGUCGUUCUCCUGCCGACGCCCCGAGCGGUGAAUGCCUCGGGGGUGUUCGAGCUGAGGCUAAAGUCCUUCGUGAAUGAGUACGGCAAGGACAGCCUGGGCAAGUGCUGCUCCGGCAGCGUGUCUAGGACGGGCGAGUGCUCGGGCGUCUGCAAGACGAGGUUUCGGGUCUGUCUGAAGCAGUACCAGGUGAAGAUCGACACGACGUCGGCGUGCACGUACGGCGACGUGGUGACGCCCAUUCUCGGCGAGAACGUGGUCAACCUCAGCGCAGUCUCCAUGUCGAGCUUCACCAACCCCAUCAGGUUCCCGUUCGAGUUCACGUGGCCGGGCACAUUCUCGCUGAUAGUGGAGGCUUAUCACGACGCGAACAGCACGCAAUCGACCGAGAAAGUGCUGAUCAGCAGGCUGACCACCCAGAAGUGGCUGGACGUCGGGCAGGAGUGGACCGUGGACGAAUACAGUAGUGCCCACGCGCGGAUGGAGUACGAGUACCGCGUGAGGUGCGUGGCUCACUACUACGGCAAGGGCUGCGAGAACCUGUGUCGGCCGCGAGACGACAGCUUCGGUCACUACAGCUGCAGCCCGACCGGGGAGCGCGUCUGCCUCACCGGCUGGAAGGGCGACUACUGUAACUUUCCCCGCUGCCUGCCCGGAUGCGACGAACAGCACGGACACUGCCAGCAACCCAACGAAUGCUUAUGCCACAGCGGCUGGAAGGGUUCACUGUGCAAUCAGUGCGUAAGGUACCCGGGCUGCCUCCACGGUAGCUGCCAAAAGCCCUGGGAGUGCGAGUGUGACGAGGGUUGGGGCGGGCUGUUCUGCAACCAGGACCUCAACUAUUGCACGAAUCACAAGCCUUGCAUGAACGGCGGCACCUGCUUCAACACCGGCCAGGGCUCAUACACCUGCUCGUGUCCGUCAGGUUUUACCGGCACCGACUGCCAGACGCCGCUCUUCGACUGUCACUCGAAGCCAUGCUUGAACGGCGGUACCUGCACGUCGGAAUCGUCCGGGAGCUACGUCAACGGAAGCAUUUCGUCGUCAUCGUCACCGUCAUCGUCGUCACACAUUACUGGAAGCAACGGCGGCAACAGUGCUCUGGAAUCGUCCUCCUCCUCCUCCUCCUCCUCCUCCUCCUCGAGGCAGCAUCAUCAUAUCACCAGCUACCGUUGCACCUGUCCGCCUGGUUGGCGCGGCAGACACUGUGAGAUCACGACGAGAUCUUGCCGGGAUUCACCCUGCCAUCACGGCGCCACCUGCGAGGACGACUCUAUGCGCGGAUACGUGUGCCGCUGCGCGCCCGGCUACACCGGCAACGAUUGCGAGUCGCAGCUCGACGAGUGCGCGCCGAACCCGUGCACGAACGGCGGCACCUGCACGGACUAUGUGAACGGUUUCCGGUGUACCUGCCCGGCUGGCUUCACCGGCGAACGCUGCGAGAUCAACGUGGAUGACUGCCUGGGCGACCCAUGCCUGAACGGCGGCACCUGCGUGGACCUGGUGAACAGCUUCCGCUGCCAGUGCGUGCCGGGAUACGUCGGACGGCUCUGCCAAGACAAGGUGGACUACUGCCUGGCGAAGCCGUGCGCCAACGGCGGCAGGUGCAUUUCGGGGACCAACGAUUACCGUUGCGUAUGCAAACCUGGCUUCACCGGCAAGGACUGCAGCGUGGACGUGGACGAGUGCCGAAGCGCGCCUUGUCAGAACGGUGGCACGUGUCUGAACCGUGUCAACGGUUUCCUCUGCGACUGCCCGCCAGGAUGGCACGGCAAUACGUGCGGUGAGGAGGUCGGUGCCGCCGGCUCGGCUGUUUUACCGUCCGCGGCAGCGUCCUCGAACACCGGCUCGAUCGUGCCACCCGCGGUGCCACCCUCGGGAGCCAGCUACUGGUCUGGCAAUCUGUCGAAGCACGUCGCUUCAGCGGAAGCGCGGAACGCCGGCCUUACCACGGAACACAUAGUGAUGAUCGCGACUAUCUCCACCGCGGUGCCGCUUUUCGUGCUGGUCGCCAUCGUCGCGGUGAUGUGUAUGAAGAGACGGCGGAAGCGGGAACAGGCGAGAGCCGAUGAGGAGGCCAGGCUGCAAAAUGAGAGGAACGCGGUGCACAGCAGUAUGAGCAAACGCAGCGCGAGCACCAUCGGCAUCGGCGGCGUCGGCAACGGCGGCGGUCUCCUCGGCAGCGCUGCCAGCAGCGGCCUGAUCGGCGCCGGCAGUGGCAGCGUCUGCGCCUUGGGUGCCGGCGACGCGCACAUGAUCAAGAACACCUGGACAGCGAACAAGAGCGUGAACAACGUGGCCUCGCGGCAGGACGACCUCGACUCGUCCUUCCAGACCGACGUGACGCUCGACAGUGCCUGCUCGGGCUACAAGCCGGAGCCGGUGCUGCAGGAUGGCAGAACGACAAGGACUACGAAACAGCUGAACACGGAAGCAGCCGCGCAUAGGGCGUCGGCUCAUCUCUUCCAGAAGGAAAAAGACUGUCUCGGCCUGGGCCUCGGCAUCGGGGUCCUCGAGAGUGCCAAGAGGUCAUCCAUGUUCGCCACCGGCAACGCGCCGGACGUCUGUUGCGCCGCGGAGGCCGCGCUGCUCAAGAGGCCGACGACGAUAUCGGAGGUCGCUGGCGGCGGCGGCGGCGGCGGCGGUGGUAGUGGUGGUGGUGGUCCACCGGGAAGCGGCGGUGUCACGGACAACAACAGUUGCGGUGUGUAUGUGAUAGACGAUCAUUACAGGCAUGACGCCGCGCUGGCGGCAACGCUCGCGACGGAAGUGUAGUAGCGGCCGGACGCCGGACUUCGUAGUAGACUCCGUUAGAAAUUAUAGAAAGAGUGUGAGAGAGCGAGAGAGCGAGAGAGAGAGAGAGAGAGAGCGAGCGAGCGAGCGAGCGAGCGAGAGAGAGAGAGAGAGAGAGAGAGAGAGAGAGAGAGAGAGAGAGA